ACCCAGCAACGCCGCGUCGUCAGCGCUGCGUCCCUCACCGCCGGGUGACAGCUGUUUGCAACCGCCGAGUGAGAGCGCUGCGAACGCGCAGCCAGCUUCAGCCGGGUUGCCAGGCAACGGAAGCUUGGCUCACGUCCAACAACGCCUGCCAGCACUCAAGGCAUUUUCUUCAGAGGGGGGUGAGUGGGCAGCGUUCGAACGCCGGUUCGUCUCUCUUAUAGAGACGUCCGGCUGGUCGGAGUAUGAAGCGCUCCAGGGCCUCCCGGCCAUGCUCGACGACGACUCCCUCGCAGCACUCCUUGCUGUGCCACGCGCGAAACGUGCCACGCUCACGGAUGCCCUUCAUCAGAUGCGGCUGAUUUAUGGACCCCCAUCCGAAGCACGUCACCGCUUCGAUGCGAGGAGGAAGAAGGCCUCCGAGUCGGCGAUGGGGUACCGCAGCGCGCUGCUGGCCAUGGCGAAGGUUGCCUACCCUCGCAUGGAUGAAGACGCUGUGGAGUCACUCGUGCUGCAGAAGCUCAUGAGCUUGGCCCGCCAGCUUCGAGUUGCCAUGCCGACAGCCGACGACGACGACGACUUCACGUCGCUACGUGCUGCCAGGUGCAUCCAAGCACACCUACAUUGCGAUGAGGACACGACCAUCGCCGCCUGCGCAGGCCCACCUGAUGCACAAGCCUAUGACGUGCAUUCGGGGCCUCAUCAGGCCUUCGCAGCAACAGAAAAUCGCGGAUCGUCCAACUGGCGAUCCCAGCGAGAUCACCACCAGCGGGACCGGCCAACCUCGCGCCAGGACGGAGCGUCCAUCGUCUGCCACAACUGUGGCCUUCGGGGCCAUGUGGCGUCCGGCUGCCGGGUCCCCCGACGCCGGACUUCAGGACCUCCGGCGCCUCGGCCACCACCUUAUCCUCGGCAUACCCAGGUGCCUUGGGAAUGAAAUCCGCCACGGCCGACCAAGCGGGAACAAGCUUGCCCGCGGGAUCAGCGACCCAGGACACAAGCGCAACAGCGGGUCGUCGGUCCCCUCCCGCCUCCGUCGCGACCGAUGGACCUGCCACUCGGACUCGCUCAAAACUCAAACGAUUUUCAUGACCCCCGCCCACGAACUCUCGUCCCAACGCGACGCCACUCACUUUGCCAUCAUGUAUAGUGGGCGAUUGGGGCGUGCGUUCAUCCUGCAUAUAUGUGUUUAUACAGUGUUGUUCUGCAUCGGUGACCACAGGAGGGGGAGAGGCGCUUUCUUCUCAUUUUUUUUUCUUGAUUGUCACACACUCAUUCUGAUGGUUAACAAAUAAUUUCUUGUACAAUUGUAUUUUUUUUUGACAGCCGGGUCGGCUGGAGGCUACGUAGAGGGGGGUAAUGUAGUGACAUAAGAAGGGAGGGGCUGCUGUAGGCUCUGGGUUCCCAGGUGGGUCCAGACGCGUAAGCCUCUGGGCGCCAGGCACUGGGUUCCCAGGGGAUCCAGACGCUUUUAAGCCUUUGGGCGCCAGGCGUUGGGUUCCCAGGCGCUUAAGCCUUUUUGGCGCCGCCAACGGGGGGGGGGGCUGUGUGUGCUCUGUGGGAUGUCUGGUGGCGCACAAGACCCACCCCUCGUCGGACCAGGCAUAAAAGGAGAGCUCCCUGGACGAUCGGCCCAGUUGUAACUCAAGACCCAAGACCCACGACCAGCCAUCUGAAGACCCUGGGAUGCUGUGAGAGCCAGCGCUGGGACUCUGGAACUCCCGACGCUACGACCUUGUGAGGGCGAGUCCAGAGCGUAGCCAGAGUAGAGUAUCUAGGCUGUGUACCUAGGCUGUAACAGAGUAUCAGGACUGUUGGAGUGUUGUAUUGUAAUAAAGAAGUUACAUCUACAAGUGUCUCCGGAACCCAUUACACGUGCAUGGGGAAUUUAAAUAUUGACAUCUUCGUGAUUUUGUUGUUGUAUUUUUUUCCCCUCGGAAUUCGCGCCCCACUUAACUUGGCGCCUUAGGCAACCGCCCUCGUUCGCCUACAUGGACGGCUCAGGCCGCUCCUGCUCACCAUCGCUGAGGAACCACGGAAAAGCUGGAGGGCAGUAGCCAGGUGGUGAGCUGGCACAAUUGCUCAAUCUCUGAAGUCCCCUCAAUAUUCAGAUGUUUUCAGCACAUUAAUGAGCGUUCACAUAUGCGGGAAGAAAGCGGAGCGCCCAGAGAAAGCCUCCGCCACGCGAGGGGGUACCCCCCCCCACGUCCCGUCCCAUACAUAAGGGACGGACGAUGUUAUUCCACAUUUGCUCUACCGCCUUCCGGCGAGCCAGGGUAUGGCACCUCUGCUCGACGGCCACGGGAAGGGGGUUUCACGAUUCGUGUGAUCCACCAACCUGCACUGCGUCCACGGAGCUCGAUCACCGCCCCCCGCCCUCUCACCUGUGCCGACUGCACUCCGCUUCGUCCGUCUCAUUUGCACUGCACGUACUAUCCAUCUCAUGUUUGUUGUUUUAUUUGUACGUUCUUCUUUUGUGCUGCCCAGUAAUCGAUAUCGGAUUGUUUUAUUCACCUUUGAUGGUUAAA